CCACGAGUCGAGCUGUUGUGACAUAAACUCCUUAUAUUGAGGAUAAUAAAGCUACAGUACAAGUAGAUCAUUAGAUAUAGAAAUAUUUAUAUACUUACUUUUUUUUUACAGUGUAAACGUUCUGGGAACGAUAAUAGUUAUUUUAAAGGUAUUAUCCGAAGCCGUUGAUCAAUCCUAGAAAAACAUGGGGAAGUACAAGAUUAAGAUAGGAAUAAUCGGAGGCUCCGGCCUGGAAGAUCCAGCGAAUCAGUUUUUCAAGUCCAACGAGGUGUUCAAAAAUGAGGACGCGAAAAACGAAUUCGGCCUGCCGUCGAGCCACCUAUGUCAGGGUACCAUUGCCGGAAUUGACGUCGUACUACUUUCCAGGCACGGGUCCGGUCACAAAAAGGCCCCCACUGCGGUAAACUACCGCGCGAACAUCGAAGCUCUUCGACUCGUCGGUUGCACGCACAUCUUGGCCUCGACAGCUUGCGGAUCGCUGGCCGAGUCAAUCGGUCGGGGACAGCUGGUGAUACCCGACAGUUUCAUCGACAGAACCGUCCACCGAAAGAACACGUUUUACGAUGGAACUUCGGCAAAUUUUUCGGGAGUGUGCUAUGUACCUUGCGAGCCAGCCUUCGAUCCGCGUGUGGCAGAUAUUUUGGAAAAAGCAGCCAAGGAGUUGGACAUAUCGGUGAAAAAGGGGGCGACCGUCGUGACAAUCGAAGGGCCUCGCUAUUCCUCGAAAGCCGAGAGCAACAUGUUCCGCCAGUGGGGAGGCCAUUUGAUAAACAUGACGACUUGUCCGGAGGUUUAUCUAGCGAAAGAGGCUGGUUUGCUCUACGCCGCGGUGGCGAUAGCGACGGACUACGAUUGCUGGAAGGACUCCGAGGACAUAGUGUGCGCUCCUGAAGUGAUAAAGGAGUUCAAGAAAAACGUCGGUAAAGUCACGCAGUUGAUCGUCAAAACUGUCGAGCUGAUCGGUAAAGAAGAUUGGGAUCAGCAAAUCGACGAUUUGAAGACUGUGCUGAAAACCAACAACAUAUCUCACUAAGGAGCACGGAAAACGUCGCAUUAAAUACUUCUUAUUUUUACAGCGAUUUUGCAUUAAAAAAAAAACUCUUCAUGAUGC